AUGGAGCACUCGCCCUGCGUGUUGCUGCGCCAGGAGCGAGAGCGUGCAGAGCGAGAAGUGAAGAUGGAGGCAGAGAAGAGACGUAAAGCCGAAGAGGCCGAGCGCCGGGAGAGGGAAUGGCAGCAGCGUCAGCGGGAGGAGCGUGAGUAUGAAGAAGCUGCUCAGCGGAGCGCGGAGGAACAGGCAGCAGCCAUGGCAAAGCUCCGCCGGGAAAAAGAGGAGGCCGACAAGGCGGUGGACAAGCAUCGUGGCGCAUGGCGGUAG